CGUCGAGACGCCAGCAUGUUACAAGAAAGCGCCAUCGCUUAGUAGGGUUGUCAUAAGCCGCUCUGCCUGCUGCCUCCACCGCUAAACCUCUUUGCUCCGGUCGGCGUUCGCAACUCCGUGCAAAGAAAGUUUUUAGGGGAAGAAAUAGAGACAAUGACAGAAGUACAUAAGGGCAUAAAAAGGGGGCCCCUGGGGAGCAAGAAGAGAAGCGGGAAAGUGAAGAAGAAGCAGAAAAUGGUGCCGUUUAAUGAGAAGAAGCCUAAAAUAGAUAAGAAAAUGAGGAAGCUGUUUGAGAAGAGGGCAAGGGAUUAUAAUUCAGAUGAGGAUGAUGAAGAUGAUAAGGACAAUGAGGUGGAGAGAAGCGGGAAAGCGAAGAAGAAGCAGAAAACGGUGCCGUUUAAUGAGAAGAAGCCUAAAAUAGAUAAGAAAAUGAGGAAGCUGUUUGAGAAGAGGGCAAAGGAUAAUAAUUCAGAUGAGGAUGAUGAAGAUGAUAAGGACAAUGAGGCGGUGGGAGGAGCGCCGUUACAUGGUGAACAGGAUGAAUUUGAAGAAGAUUCUUUUGAUGAGGAAGGAGAUGGUGGAGAAGAGGAUGAAGUAUCUGAAGAUGAAGGCGGGGAACUUCAGCCAGGAAUUACCAAGUUCACGGAGGGAUGUAAGGCAUUCAGAAUGGCAUUCAGGAAACUCCUUAAGAAAACUGCUUCUGCUUCUGAUGAUGUGCUGGGUCCUGUGUUAUCAGCGCAUAAGAAGCUUGUAGCAGAGAAGCUUGCCGAAGAAGAAACAGAACGGAAAGUGAAGGGUGAGGCAAAGAAGGAGAAACACUUGAUUGGAGAAAAGGGCCAUGUGAAACCGGCUAAUUAUUUGGACUCUCAUGAAAAGUUGCUAAUAGGAAUUGCUACAAAAGGAGUGGUCAAGUUGUUCAAUGCUGUUAACAAGGCGCAACAUGCUCAAAGAGGUUUAAAUCCCUCGAGGGCAAAAGAUGAAAAAACAAUAAAGAAGCGAAAGAAAGAGGCUUUCUUCUCUGAGUUGGGCAAGACAUCAUCCCAGUCAACUAGUAUUGUUCAAAAGGUUGGAACUUCUGGUGGGUCAAGAGAUAAAGACGGCCCUGCGUGGGCUCCAUUACGUGACAAUUACAUGUUAGCCAAUCCAAAGUUGAAAGACUGGGAUAAAAAGCCGGAUACGGCUCUGGGAGACGACUCUGGGAUGCCAGCAGAUACAGAUUCUUCAUCGGAUGACGAUUAGAUUUUUGCAAUGUUAGAUUGCUUUCAAGCUAAUGACCACGCAAUUGUCAAGGCAUAUUUUUUGCAGUAGAAAGUAUCCAAGCUGCUUCUUGAAAUUAUGGUUAUGAGAUGGUGGCAUGUUGUAUCCAAGUUGAAGCAGCUCCAGAAUAGGAGUGACAAAAGCUCUACCCCUCUCCAAUUGUUCUGAAAGAAACACUGCUCCUACCCUUUUGUAUUAACUAGAAUAUUAAUCCACUCAGCUUUGGAUGCUUAGUAUUCUAUUUAUUUAUAUAAUCAAAAUACAGGUUUUUCCCAGCUGCCAA